AUGGAUCCUGAAAAGGCCAAGAAGUACCUGGAAAAUAUUGAGAAAUUUCGGAUUUUGGUCAUCGGAAGAGGAAAUGCUGGCAAAACGACCAUCCUCCAGAGGGUCUGCAACAGUGUAGAUGAACCUGAUGUCUUUGAUGGAGAAGGAAAUAAGCAUGGCUACCAUAAAAUCGAUGAUGAGCUUGUGUUCAAGAGCAACCCAGGCUUUGUAUUCCAUGACUCUGGGUUUGAGGAGAUGAAGAGGUUUGUUAUAGACCAUGCAGCUGCAAGGAUGCUGAAGAAGUGUAUCCAUGCAAUUUGGUAUUGUAUCCCCAUGACUGACUACCACAGGACAGUCACUGCAGCUGAACAGAAGUUCUUCAAUGAGUAUGACACAGGACAUGUUCCAGUGGUAGUGCUGCUAACAAAGGCAGAUGCAUUGAAUUUUGCUGCCAUGGAGGAACUUCUGGAUGAAGAGUUGGAGGUGGAGGAAGCAGAAGAGAGGGCCACAGAAAGGGAAUCUCUGUUAUUAGAAAAGUGGCAGACACACAUCAAACAGAUACUAGACAAGUGCAAAUUCCCACCAAAGAUGUAUCUCCCACUGACAAAGAUGCAUAAUGAGAGUGCAGAUUGCACUACUUUGAUCCAGAGCACAGCAUCUGCAUUGAAUGAGGAAGGCCUGCAGAGGUUACUUCUAUCAACCCAGCAGUCAAGCAUUGGAUUAUGUAUUGAAUAUGCUGUACACUGGUUGUGGGUGAUUUCAUAUAAGGUUUGGUUGGGUGUCUGCUGA